CCCCAUCCCUUCCCCUCCCCGCCCCGUCCCUCCCCCUGCAGCCGCCCCGGGACCGGGCUCGGCCGGGACGCGGCCGCUCCCCGCCGCAGCCGCAUCAGAGCGCGCCAUAAAUCCUUCCCGAGGCUUCCUGAAGGAGCUUUGGCCAAGGCUUUGUGCUCUCCGAGGAGCCACGGCGGGGACGUGAUCUCCCCGGGGACGCCCACGGGGUGCUGAGCGCCCUGCGGCUCGGGGAGGGGGCAGCCCCGUCACCUCCCCGCACCUCCCUUGCAGGAUGGACCCCCCCGACCCCACCGCCCUCCCCAAGCACAUCCUGGACAUCUGGGUCAUCGUCCUGAUCAUCCUGGCCACCGUCCUCGUCAUGACGGCCCUGGUGCUCUGCCCGGCCACCGCCGUCGUCAUCUAUCGGGUGCGGACUCACCCCACGCGCAACAGCAUCGUGUGAGCCAGGGCCGGGCACAAGAAGAUGGGGCAGGAGCCGGGCUGAAGGCACCGAGCGCCCCGGGAGCAGCAGGGAGGCUGUGGCCCCGGAGAUGUGUGACUUUGGGGGACGUGGAGAUGAUGCCCGGAUGGAAACUACGUGGUCCCGUGGUGCUGAGCUCACCUUUGCUGGUGACCCCGUCCCCUCGCAGCCGCGUUAUUCCCAUCGGGACCCCCCCCCCCCGGCAUCAGCAAUGACCCUAAAUGCCCGGCAAAGCCGCUCCCUCCUGGGUGUCCCAGCUGUCGGGGUGCUUGGAAAAGAGGAGUGGAAGCAAGGACGACGGAUGCGGCUCCUGGUUGCACAUCCAGAGACUCUGCUAAAGAGCUGGUGAAGGAGCCCGUCCCCGCCGCGGGGCAGAACGGCGGCUGGCACCAGCUUUUCCACGUCCCGGGUAUCGGCUGAAACCGCAGGAGAGCUCCGUGGGGCGCUUGGGUUCUCCGCAUCUCGCGGGGCCGAGGAGCGUGGGCAGCCCGUGCCUGCGUGCCCCUCGCCCCGUGGCGCAGGCAGCGAAGGGGGCUCGUGCCCAGGCACCGACCAGGGACUGAAAAGCUCUCGGACUGCUAGAAAAUAAAGAGGACUUCACUCCA